AUGGUUCUCGCCGCUCGUUGCGGGCAGGCUACGUCCUCCCUCUUGCGUCAGCGUUGUCUGACCGAGGCUCGUCGCUCGACGUUUGCUCUGCGCCCCUUCUCCUCGCAGACGACGGCCGCUCGCUCGACUGCCUCGUCCCUUCGUCUGCAGCAGAAGACCCCCUCCCCAUGGCGCCCCCAGCAGCUGCGCUCCUUCUCCAGCGCUCUGCGCCGCUUGGCUUCUGAGGCUCCCGCUGCGGAAAGCUACCUCGCCAGUGGAGCCGUCAAGCCUGGCCAGAACCUCGUCGAUGUGAAGAAGGUCCUGGUCAUCGGUAGUGGUGGUCUGAGCAUCGGUCAGGCCGGAGAGUUCGACUAUUCCGGUUCCCAGGCUCUCAAGGCUCUCAAGGAAGCUGGUGUCCAGUCCGUCCUGAUCAACCCCAACAUUGCGACCAUCCAGACCGACCACAAGCUCGCCGACGAAGUGUACUAUCUCCCCGUCACCCCCGAGUAUGUGACCUAUGUCAUUGAGCGUGAACGCCCCGACGGUAUCUUCCUGUCCUUCGGUGGUCAGACUGCCCUGAACCUGGGUGUGCAGAUGAACCGCAUGGGUACCUUUGAGCGCUACGGUGUCAAGGUUCUCGGUACCAGCAUUCGCACCCUCGAGACUAGCGAGGACCGUGACCUUUUCGCCAAGGCCCUGAACGAGAUCAACAUCCCCAUUGCCGAGUCCAUUGCUGUCGGUACCGUCGAUGAGGCUUUGAAGGCCGCCGAAGAGGUCGGCUACCCCAUCAUCGUCCGUUCCGCCUACGCCCUGGGUGGUCUGGGCUCUGGUUUCGCCAACAACCCCGAGGAACUGAAGAACCUGGCCUCUCGCUCCCUGACUCUCGCUCCCCAGAUCCUGGUCGAGAAGUCCCUCCGUGGCUGGAAGGAGGUCGAGUAUGAGGUCGUUCGCGAUGCUGACAACAACUGUAUCACCGUCUGCAACAUGGAGAACUUUGACCCCCUUGGUAUCCACACCGGUGACAGUAUCGUCGUUGCGCCGAGCCAGACCCUGUCCGACGAGGAGUACCACAUGCUCCGUACCGCUGCGAUCAAGAUUGUCCGCCACCUGGGUGUCGUCGGUGAAUGUAACGUCCAGUACGCCCUGCAGCCUGACGGCCUGGACUACCGUGUCAUUGAGGUCAACGCCCGUCUCUCUCGCUCUUCGGCUCUCGCCUCCAAGGCCACCGGUUACCCUCUGGCCUACACCGCUGCCAAGAUUGGUCUUGGACACACCCUCCCCGAGCUGCCCAACGCCGUGACCAAGACCACCACCGCCAACUUCGAACCCAGUCUGGAUUACAUUGUCACCAAGAUCCCUCGUUGGGAUCUGAGCAAGUUCCAGCACGUCAACCGUGACAUUGGUAGCGCCAUGAAGUCUGUCGGUGAGGUCAUGGCCAUCGGUCGUACCUUUGAAGAGUCCUUCCAGAAGGCCAUCCGUCAGGUGGACCCUCGCUUCAUUGGCUUCCAGGGUGACAAGUUCGACAACCUGGAUGAGGUCCUGAAGAACCCCACUGACCGCCGCUGGUUGGCUGUCGGUCAGGCCAUGCUCCACGAGAAUUACUCCGUGGACAAGGUCCACGAGCUGACCAAGAUCGACAAGUGGUUCCUGUACAAGCUCCAGAACAUUGUCAACUGCCACAACGAGCUCAAGGAGAUCGGCAGCCUCUUCGGCGUUCAGCACGAGACCAUGCUGAAGGCCAAGAAGCUCGGUUUCUCCGACAAGCAGAUCGCCCUCUUGGUCGGCUCCACCGAGGAUGACGUCCGCGCUCGUCGUAAGAGCUUCGGCAUCCGCCCCUGGGUGAAGAAGAUUGACACCCUGGCCGCCGAGUUCCCGGCUGACACCAACUACCUGUACACCACCUACAACGCCACUUCGCACGACGUGACCUUCGAUGACCACGGAACCAUCAUUCUGGGCAGCGGUGUGUACCGUAUCGGUAGCUCUGUCGAGUUUGACUGGUGUGCCGUCAAUGCUACUCUUUCCCUCCGCAGCAUGGGCAAGAAGACCGUGAUGAUCAACUACAACCCCGAGACCUACUCCACUGACUUCGAUACCGCCGACAAGCUCUACUUCGAAGAACUGAGCUACGAGCGUGUUAUGGAUAUCUACGAGCUGGAGAGCGCUAGCGGUGUCGUUGUAUCUGUUGGCGGCCAGCUGCCUCAGAACAUUGCCCUCCGCCUCCAGGAGACCGGUGGUGCCCACGUUCUCGGUACCGACCCCAAGGACAUUGACCGUGCGGAGGACCGUCACAAGUUCUCUCAGAUCCUCGACAGCAUUGGUGUUGACCAGCCGGCCUGGAAGGAGCUUACCUCCGUGGCCGAGGCUGAGCGCUUUGCCGAGUCUGUUGGCUACCCCGUCCUGGUCCGCCCCAGUUACGUCCUGUCUGGUGCCGCCAUGAACGUCAUCUACAGCGUUGAUGAGCUCAAGGAGAAGCUGCUCAACGCCAGCGCAGUCUCUCCCGACCACCCCGUUGUCAUCACCAAGUUCAUCGAGGGCGCCCAGGAGAUUGAUGUCGACGCCGUCGCCUCCAACGGCAAGCUCCUCUUGCACGCCGUCAGUGAGCACGUUGAGCCCGCUGGUGUCCACUCCGGUGACGCCACCCUGGUCCUUCCCCCCGCCAACCUUGACGAGUCCGUCAUGGGCCGUGUCAAGGAGAUCGCCGAGAAGGUUGCCAAGGCCUGGAACAUCACCGGUCCCUUCAACAUGCAGAUCAUCAAGGCCGACCAGGAGGGCGCCGCUCCGGAGCUGAAGGUUAUCGAGUGCAACCUCCGUGCUUCUCGUUCCUUCCCCUUCGCUAGCAAGGUCCUGGGUACCAACUUCAUUGACGUCGCCACCAAGGCUCUUGUUGGCCGUGAUGUUCCCGAGCCCGUUGACCUCAUGGCCACCAAGCGCGACUACCUUGCCACCAAGGUGCCUCAGUUCAGUUGGACUCGUCUGGCCGGUGCCGACCCCUUCCUGGGUGUCGAGAUGGCCAGUACUGGUGAGAUUGCUUGCUUCGGUAAGGACCUCGUUGAGGCCUACUGGGCCUCUCUCCAGUCCACCAUGAACUUCCGCGUUCCUGAGCCUGGUGAGGGUAUCCUCCUGGGCGGUGACAUCAACAACGCCAACCUGUCCACCAUCGUGGACUACCUCCACCCUCUCGGCUACAAGUUCUUCGCUGCCAGCCCCGAGGUCAAGCAGCACAUCGAGUCCACCUCCAAGGACAACGUCUCCGUCCAGGUGAUUGAGUUCCCCAAGAAGGACAAGCGUGCCCUUCGUGAGGUCUUCCAGAAGUACGACAUCCGUGGCUGCUUCAACCUUGCCAAGACCCGUGGCAAGACCCUGCUGGAUGAGGACUACGUGAUGAGACGUAACGCUGUUGACUUUGGCGUGCCCCUCUUCAUGGAGCCUAAGACUGCUCUUCUCUUCGCCCAGGCCAUGAGCGAGAAGCUGCCCCGUGCCGAGGGUAUUCCCUCUGAGGUCCGCAGCUGGUCUCAGUUCGCCGGCCGCAAGCUCGUGUAA